AUGGCUCUUCCCGCGGUCACGGUUCAUCUCAGCCGGCAGCUUAUUCGAGGAAGGAAUAUGAUAGAGGAUACACGUCGAGGGAAAAUACGUCGUAUGGCGGACGUGGUGGAAAUUCAUACUAUGGAAACAGCCGCGAUGCAUACAGUUCCACGACAAGUCGUAUUGGAGGCUCGGGAGGAUGGGGAUCAUCUUCAGGUGGCCACUCUUCAGGCGGAUCAGCAUGGGGUGGACGUGGAGGCUCAGGAAGUAACGGCUGGUCAGCAUUUGGAAAUGGUGGAGGAGCAUCUUCAAGUUCGAGCCUGCGUUAUGACUAUGACAAGUAUCAACAGCGCUUUUGAAUUGCUGUAA